GUUUAGUAACCGUUGUUAUAUCAAAAACUUAAUUUAUUAAUAAUUUCUUGAGGAAAUUUUAUAUAUAACGAGACAAAAAAAAAAAAUUAAAAUGGCUCUAAUUCCAUCAUUACUUGAUUUUCAUGAUCCAUGGGAAUUACGCCGUCAUACUCAUCGUCACCGACAUCAUCGUGAUUGGGAUCAUUUUGGAUUAGGAAUUACACCAACUGAAAUUCAAGCUUUAGCUGAAAUACCGAAUUUAUUGAAUGCCGAGUUAAAAAAACAAUUAACACCAGCUGGAGAAGCAGCAGCUGUAAUUGGCAAAGAUGGAUUUUCAGCUCAUUUGGAUGUUAAACAAUUUAAACCAAAUGAAAUAACUGUAAAAACUAAAGACAAUCAAAUUGUAAUCGAGGGAAAACAUGAUGAACGUAUUGACGAACAUGGAUACAUUUCAAGACAUUUUGUGAGAAAAUAUAGUCUUCCAGAUGGAUACAAUACGAAUGAUGUUAUUUCUACAUUGUCAUCAGAUGGUGUAUUAACUAUAAAAGCAUCUCCACCAGUUGAUAACACUAAAGAAAGAAUAAUUCAAAUUCAGCAAGUUGGACCAGCUCAUCUAAAUGUCCGUGGGCAAGGUCAAGUUGAAAAGGAACAAUCAAAAAAGUAAAGCGUUUUCAUGAACAUUAAGAAAUCAUCCUUUUUUUAUAAGUUUUUUUUUUCAUUCAAACAAAAUAUGCAUUUCCACAUUUAUGUAUGUAGUACAUUCAUUAUAAAAUUGAAUAGAUGUAUGUGUGUAAUUUCUUACAAUAAUAAAAUUAAGCCCUAUUAUGGCCUACAUUAAAACUUAAAA